AUGAGUAGGGCAAUAGGUCUACUAAAUGUGCGUAGAUCAGCAGUUCUGUUAAAGAGGUGUAGAGCAAUAAUUCUGUCAAAACUGUCUUAUUUCUUGUUAUCGACUACAUUCGGAGACGUUGGUUCUGUUGGCGCCGCUGAAUUCAACUGCUCGCGUCUUCCUGCACUGGCUUCACGCGCAGGAUUUACCGCUAUUAUUAUCGCUGAUUCAUUCACCUGGAGGAUCUUGUUGAGGACAGCUUUCUGUAAGGUAAAUGAUAUCUAUUUUUUCAAGUGCAGAAGUGAUUGUUUUCAUUUUCUGCUAUCGUUACCACAUGUCACGAUUGGUUGUGAAGAUAGUGAGCCAAUUUGUGGGUGGAAGUGA